AUGCUAUUUCGUUUCCUGCUCUUCACAUUCCUAUGCGUGUCUCAUAUCUCUGCUGGAAUCGACUUUAGCACAUGUGCUAGAAUGGACGUUCCAGUACUUGACAAAGCUGCUCGUGGUCUCUGUAUAACCAGUUGCAGUAUGCAGAAUUGCGGAACAGGUUACUGUGAAAAACGACGCGGACGACCUACUUGUGUUUGCAGCAGAUGUGCAAAUGGAGGUGGAAAUAUUCCAUUGGACUCUUUGAUCAAAAGAGGAAAACAUUAA